GCCGCUCCAUUAUUACACACACAGACAUUACACACACAGACACACCUGCGCCCCUCCGGUCGGCCGUUAGUGGACCAGCCCAGACCUGGCUGUGGUUUCGUAAGCAGCGAGAGCUGCAGUACACUAUAAAGCUACUGCUGAUCAAACCGGGUGCCUGUCGUCAUCCUCCAGAGCUCACAAAGCACGCAGUAGCCUAGUCAAAUUUCACCGGCGGAUAACGGACACCGGACAGGACAUUCCUCUUCAUAAUGGAGUUGUUCCCAGGGCUGGUGAUGCUGGUGGCUCUAAUGGUUUCAGUUGGUGCUGAAGGCGGCGUCGGCCCCAGCAACAACUCCAGUUUCUGCUCUGAGUCAAAGGAAUGUCUGGAGUAUGAGCUGGUGUGCAAAACAGACGAAUAUGAGGUCCGUCACUACAGUCCUACUCGUUGGGUGUCUACGGAUGCGGAGGCCUACUUCAUGGGGGUGGGAGCAGCCAUGGCCUUCAGGAGACUGUUCCAGUACAUCACUGGGGCCAACAACGGAGGUCUCCAGAUGGAGAUGACUGCUCCAGUCCUGGUGAGGAUCCCUGAGGAGACCAGGAUGUGGGAACCAGCCAUCUACACCCUCAGUUUCCUGCUGCCAGCAGCCUAUCAGGAGAGACCUCCCACACCUACCAAUGACAAGCUCUACUUUACUGAGAUGCCCUCUAUGGAUGUGUACGUGCGUAGCUACGGAGGCUGGAUGUUGUCAGUGACCUCCAGGCUUCAUGCUCACCUACUGACCAAGGAGCUGGCCAGGGUUCAGGCUGACUACAACCACACCUACCACUACGGAGUGGGUUACGACAGUCCUCUGAAGCUGCUGAACAGACACAAUGAGGUGUGGUACGUAGCUGAGGGAGAGGCUGUCUGCUCUGACCCCCAGGAACCAACCCCACCACACACACCUACCCCCACACACACAUCCAACGCCACACCCAAUGCCACACACACAUCCAACGCCACAUCCAACGCCACACCCAAUGCCACACACACACCCAACGCCACACUCAACACCUCACACACACCCAACGUCACACACACACCCAACACCUCACACACACCCAAUGCCACACACAUCCCCUCCAGCACCAUCUCUGACUCCCCCUCAGAUCUCCCAGCCAACCGGCCACCCACCCCCACCCAGGCCCCCGAGGUGACCCCCUCUCAGGGCUCGGUGGUCGGGGAGACCCCCUCGGCCAACAGCUCUGACCCCCAGACGGACGGCACCUGGAACAACACUGUGGAGGCCUCCCUGGAGGACACCCCCUCUGAUAACGCUGUCGCCGACCCCGCUGACCUCAACCUGGCCUAGUCCUGCAAUACUAUACAUGACCCUGAACAGCAGAGGGGUACGGAGGGCUGCUGUGGUGAGAGAGCUCCUUCAGUUAGAUGUCCAUUUGGAAUUGGGCCCUUGUCUCAGUAUUUACUGUAAUACACCACGCCCCCUACUGGUGUCAUAUGGUUACUACACAUAUUAGCUUUAUUCACCUGCCGCUCACCUGUUAUCCAUGUUACCACACUGAUCUGUCCAUGUUACCACACUGAUCUGUUAUCCAUGUUACCACACUGAUCUGUUAUCCAUGUUACCACACUGAUCUGUUAUCCAUGUUACCACACUGAUCUGUUAUCCAUGUAACCACACUGAUCUGUUAUCCAUGUUACCACACUGAUCUGUUAUCCAUGUAACCACACUGAUCUGUUAUCCAUGUUACCACACUGAUCUGUUAUCCAUGUUACCACACUGAUCUGUUAUCCAUGUUACCACACUGAUCUGUUAUCCAUGUAACCACACUGAUCUGUUAUCCAUGUUACCACACUGAUCUGUUAUCCAUGUAACCACACUGAUCUGUUAUCCAU